AUGUGGCUUCAGCUGCUCCUCUUGCUGCUGGCCCCUCAGGGCAGGCAUGGCUGUCAUGGGCCGGAGCUGGACCGGGAACUCGUCCUGGCCAAGGUGAGGGCCCUGUUCCUGGAUGCCUUGGGGCCCCCGCCGGUGACUGGGGAAGGUGGAGAUCCUGGAGUCAGGCGUCUGCCCCGAAGGCAUGCCGUGGGCUUCAUGCGCAGGGGCUCUGAGCCGGAGGACCAAGAUGUCUCCCAGGCCAUCCUCUUCCCGGCUGCAGGUGCCAGCUGCAGUGAUGAGCCAGAUGCUGGGGAGGCUGAGGAGGGCCUCUUCACGUACGUGUUCCGGCCAUCCCAGCACACACGCAGCCGCCAGGUGACUUCGGCCCAGCUGUGGUUCCACACGGGACUGGACAGACAGGAGACCACUGCCGCCAAUAGCUCUGAGCCCCUGCUUGACCUGCUAGUACUGACAUCUGGGGGUCCCACGUCUGUGCCCAUGUCGCUGGGCCAGGCCCCCCCUCGCUGGGCUGUCCUGCACCUGGCCAUCUCCGCCUUCCCUCUGCUGACCCACCCUAUCCUGGUGCUCCUGCUGCGGUGUCCUCUCUGUUCCUGCUCUGCCCGGCCCGAGGCCACCCCCUUCCUGGUGGCCCACACACGGGCCGGGCCACCCAGUGGAGGGGAGAGGGCCCGGCGCUCCACGCCCCCGCUGCCCUGGCCUUGGUCUCCCGCUGCGCUGCGCCUGCUGCAAAGGCCUCCAGAGGAGCCCGCUGCCCAUGCCGACUGCCACAGAGCCGCCCUCAAUAUCUCCUUCCAGGAGCUGGGCUGGGACCGGUGGAUCGUGCACCCUCCCAGUUUCAUCUUCCACUACUGUCACGGGGGGUGUGGGCUGCCCACCCCACAGGACCUGCCCCUGCCCAUCCCCGGGGUGCCCCCUACCCCUUUCCAGCCCCCCUCUCUGGUGCCAGGGGCCCAGCCCUGUUGCGCUGCCCUCCCGGGGACCAUGAGGCCCCUACAUGUCCGCACCACCUCGGAUGGAGGUUACUCUUUUAAGUAUGAGAUGGUGCCCAACCUUCUCACCCAGCACUGUGCUUGCAUCUAAGGGAAUCCCGCUGAUGCCCGAGCCCCCACGGUCACCAGCCUGGAGGAAGGGCAGGCUGCCCGCUCCCUCCCUCCUCUCUGCCAGGAGGCUCCCCUCUCCCCAUUCCUGCCCCUGU